UGACAAGCAUCAGAGUAAUAAUUUGGUUCUCCCGACUCUGUUUUCUUUAGAACGAGAGGAUCAUCAUGGGUAAAAAGAACAAAAGACAGAAGGAAAGUGGGAAGAGGUCAGCUACCCCAACCGAGGGAAAGGAAUUAUCAAAACAGCAGAAGAAACAGCUAAUGGAACUCGUGACACAGCUAUUACAAACCUGUAUGGUUAUGCCUGAUGGUCCUAAGGAGUAUGAAUAUUAUGUCGAGUUACACAGCAUUGUGGAAAAGAUACGUGCAGUCCAAGAAGGUCUGAGUUGUCCGCCAUUAGACAGAGAGAAAGCUAUCCCAGAAUUCCUUGAAUGGCUGAAGAAACACAAUGUAGACACCAGUGCUGUGGAAAUCACUGGUUUUCCUGACUGUGGGUAUGGACUGCAGGCCACUAAAGACCUCAAUGAGUCUGACCCAUUCCUGACAAUUCCCAGAAAGAUAAUGAUGACCACCGGAACAGCCAAAGAAUCUCUGCUAGGUCCUCUAAUUGAAGAAGAUAAGAUCCUACAAGCCAUGCCUAGUGUUGUACUGGCCCUCCAUGUUCUUUGUGAGAGGCGGCGAGCAGACUCUUUCUGGAAACCGUACAUUGAUGUUCUUCCUAAUGAGUACACGACCCCUCUGUACUUCCUGCCUGAUGAUUUACUUCACCUGAAAGGCUCACCUGCACAGAGUGACUGUAUAAAACAAUUCCGCAACAUAGCCCGCCAGUAUGCCUGCUUUUACCGAGUAUUUCAGACCAGUCAGAAUGCAGACAAGCUUCCAAUUAAAGACUGUUUUACAUUUGAUGACUACAGAUGGGCAGUUUCUACCGUGAUGACAAGACAGAACCAAAUUCCAACACCAGAUGGCGGUAAAAUCACAUUUGCUCUAAUUCCAAUGUGGGACAUGUGCAAUCAUUGUAACGGCACGAUCACUACGGACUACAAUCUGGACAAGGACUGUAGCGAGUGUUUUGCUCUGAGGAAUUUCAAGGCUAAGGAACAGGUAUUUAUCUUUUAUGGAGCAAGAUCGAAUGCGGAACUUUUAAUCCACAAUGGAUUUGUUUAUCCAGAGAAUGAGUUGGAUAGAGUAGCUGUUAGGCUAGGCAUAAGUAAAGGGGAUCCACUUUAUGAACAGAAAAAUGAGCUGUUGAAAAAACUAGGAUUAGCUGUAUUGAGGAAUUUUUACAUCCACUCUGGAAUGAUUCCUGUAGAUCCCCAGCUGAUGGCUUUUCUAAGAGUUUUCUGUAUGUCAGAGGAAAACCUGAAGAAAUUGAAUUCUAAGGAGCUUACAGAAGAGGACGCAGAGAAGAUUGGAGAUAUAGACAUCCCAGUGUCAGCUGAGAAUGAAGAAAAAGUAUGGGCGUUCCUCGAGACACGGACAGCUCUCUUACUACGGGCGUAUGACACUUCAGAGGAGGAGGAUGAGGAGCUACUACAGAAAAAAGAUAUGAAUAUUCAUGAGAGACUAGCUGUGCAAUUACGAUUGUGUGAGAAAAGAAUAUUGAAGGCAGCACAAGUGUAUGCUGGAGACCGGAAAAAAUCUCUGAAGGGAGAUAACUCUGACACAGCAGCAGCAUAGAUCAAAUAAUUCAGCAUUAAACAUGGGGAAAAACUGUAUGAUUUAAACUUUUUAGGAUCAUUUAAUAAAUGAUCAAUUGUAUUUGAUAAGAGUUUGAUACUUUUUUUUUUACAAAGCAUUUUUUUCUGAGCCAUUUAAUUUUCAAGCAUGACAAAAAUUUCACAAGAGUCAGACAAGCAGGGGGAAACUUCUUGUCAAUGAUUAAUUUCUUAGAUAAUGUUAACAGUUUUUUUUUAAUUUGAAAUUUUCUUACAAUGAUGAAUUAGUGUUCAAUAUAGUAGGUCAUGUUUAUAAAUGUUUAUUUAUUACAAUGCAGAGGAAUGCAUUCAAGAGGAGGUAACUCUUACCCAUUCAGGACACAUGUCUUUUUACAUUGAUGUUUAUGUCAGAGAGGAAAUGUUAAUGAUCAAUAAAUUAUUUCAAUCUUUUAA